AUGAAGGAAACUACUCACAAGGUUGCUAAAAACUCUUCGACAGUCCACGACUGGUUUUGCCCUUCUGUUUCGGGCUCAUCAGGUAGGAGCAGUCCCCGAGUUUCCAUCAACCUUAUGUUCUACUUGAGCCCAAAUUGCACUGUUUUCGACAACUACACUCAUUUGCAAAUCAAUAUGAUUUUCAAGGUUGCUGAAAAUCCGUCGACAGAUCACGACCGGUUUCAGCCAUUUUGGGGCUCAUCAGGUAGGCGCAGUCCUCGCGUUUUCGGCAACCUUAUGUUCUGCUUGAAAGCAAGUUGCACGAAAUUAGCGAAUAUACACUCAUUUGCAAACUAA